GAGAAACGGGAAGUUCAGCUGGAAUAAAAGAGGGACCUUCAGGAACGCAAGCAGUUUUUGUUGGGUGCAAAAAUAUGAGUUAUUAGCGGAGAAAUUCGUAAACAAAGAUCAAAUAUCUCUUUCUCAAUUUCUCUCACCCCAGAUUCGGCACUGAAGCAGUGUCGUCACAGAUUUCAUUGCUCUCAGCGAAUCAGAGGGCGCCAUGAUACGUCACCGCUUGCGUAAACGGCCGAGGCGCUGGCUGCAUCGUAGGGAGCAUGGCCGCUGCAUUUGCGUUCGCUGCAACUUCGGCUUAGGUGUUCGGUGGCCGCGAUGAAUACCGUUGCUGACGCUGAACCUUCCAACGAAGAUCUCGCCAGGGAAGCAGGACUGCAUUUCAGCGACUUCAGUGAAACGGAGCGCGAAAUGAUCAUCCGUGCUCGCGCAGCAGGUGUUUCCGCGUACGAUGGUGAGCCGCCGGCCGCGCCGACAGGAAGCGAAGCUUCGUUUUCGUCGACGGAAUUCGAGCCGUCCGGUUCGCCAGGUGACGAUGUUCCCGACGAUGGCGAAGAACUUCACUCGCGACUCACUAGUACUGACUGGUGUGACUGCGGACACUGCGUGGUUCUGAGCAACUUCACCGAGAGUGAAUGCCUCUGCUGUUGCGAGAUGGGGGACCCUGUCACUGCUGCGCAGCCUGAAGGUUGCAUCACAGAGCACCCCGAGUUCCACAUCGUCUGUCUAAUUAUCGCCGUGCUCCGUAUUGCGUACUUCGAGCUGCGGGCGUGCAAUGACUGCAUGGACGAAGACAUCCACAAGUAAAUUAUUUUUACUUGAGAAGAUCGCAUU